UAUACUAUAUUUUAAACUCAUGUAAUUUAAAUUCAUUUUUUUAAGUUGUUUAUUGUUAACCACUAACGCUAAAAGUGAAAACUAAACAAGUAAUAAUAUUAUAUUUAUUAUUUUUCUGUUUCGAAUUUUGAGUUUCCGGUCGAAUAAUUUAUUUCGUGUUUAGUUUUGUAUGCUAUUAUGAAAAUUACAAAUGUUAUUUUAAUAACCUAAAAGACAAUAUUAUCUAUGUGAUUUAUCUAGUGAAUUAUUAAAAUUUGAACUUAGAUCGAUAGUGAAUGCAAGCGGAAUGCAAUCAGAAACACCAAAGAAAAUAUUUUCCAGUCUUCUGGUUAUAAUUCUUGAUGUUAACCCAGCUCAAGAUACUUUACUUAGUGGAGAAAUAAAGCUAUCAUCCAUACUUAGUUCUGUUGUUGCUUUUGCUAAUUCUCAUUUAAUGCUUCGAACCCACAAUAAAGUCGCAGUGCUUGCGUCUGACCCAAACAGUUGUGAUUUUAUAUAUUCCGAUCAAGAUGAACUUGAUUUUAAAAAGAAAACAGUCAGUAGUUGUAAAAUGGGUGGAAGUCAAUAUGAAUUGUUCAGCCACAUAGAUCGUUCUAUAAAAUUUAAUAUCAUGAAAUUCCUCAAGGAUGCGGCAGAAGAACCUCAUAUGUCUAGAGAUACCGUCUUUGGAGCGUCUUGUGCCAAGGCAUUAUGCUAUAUAAACAGAUUGCAAAGUAAUCUAAGUCCUGGUGAAACAAUGAAUUCGAGAAUAUUAAUUAUAUCUGGUUGUGAUAAUGAAGGAGACAAAUACAUACGUUGUAUGAAUACAUUUUUCACAGCUCAAAAACAAAAUGUUGCUAUUGAUGUAUGUAGUCUUACCCAUGACGUCACUCUAUUAAAACAAGCAUGUUAUAUCACAGAAGGUUCAUAUUUUCGUAUGCCUAAAUUAGAAGGAUUAUUGCUGUAUUUACAAUGGAUAUUUUUGACAGAACCUUCUUCUAGGAAAAAAUUAGUUAUUCCAUUAGCUCCACAGUUAGAUUUUCGACCUUUUUGUUUUUGUCAUGGAACCUUAACAGCAAUUGGUUUUGUGUGUUCAUUAUGUUUAACUAUUUAUUGUAAAAUAAGUCCUAUUUGCACAACUUGUGAAGCAGUUUUCAAAGUACGAUCAGCCAUUGCAGUCAAACCUAAAAAGAAGAAAGUUAAGACAACAAGUGUAAAUAAUUAAGUUUGUUUUCAACUUAAUUACCAUAAUAUUWAAUAUUAAAUAAUCAUUUUGAGAAAUAGAAUUCAAAUGGUACUACAAAAAUGUUUGA